CCUUGCCUAGAUAAAUUAUAUUUCCAUUUUCGAACAAAUAACUUACCAACAUGUCACUUCAUAAAAAAGUUAAUGACCGCAAGAUUGUGAAACCAAGUCCGAAUAAGACUAAGAAGAAUCCAUCAGCCAUCAUCUCGAUCCUCUGUCCAGAUGGCGAUAAGCCCAAGAAGGAAGCCAAGCCCAAGAAGAAAUCCGGGUCGGAAGAAUAUCAGGCCAAGGAAUGUCCCCGAACGAAAAGCUUCAAGCCACCAGAAGAGCGGCGAAUAUAUCUGGAGCAGGAGGUGGUUCCCAUUCUGAUGGAGGGCAUGUUGGGAUUGGCCCGCGAAAUGCCCCGCGAUCCCAUCGGUUAUCUGCAGAAGUUUUGGCUUGACGACAAGCACAAGUGUGACAUUCCAUUGCCGCAGAAUAUUCUCUAACUUAUAGCUCUGAUGUAACCCAAUCAAAUUUCAAAUUGUCAGCUAAUUAAAUGUUUCUGAUUCGACUUUAAGCUUA